AUUGUCGAUUUUGUAUUGUUUGAAUUCAUACUUACCCAUCAUGACGCGAAAGGGAAUGAGGAUUGUGUUAUUCAGACCUCCACCUUUUUCUUCUGCACCGAGAACGCCGUCGCCUCACACGUCUAGCCCACCUUCAUCGGAUUCAAUCGUGGAGGAGAAUCUUGAGGUUGCAAAAACGUUUCUGGCGAGGUGGGGACCUGAUUCGACCACUGCUGUUUCUCUGUUUCAAGGGGACGACCGUGAUGAAGCUUGGCAGUUUAUAGAAGUGGUUAAGAAUUUGCAUGCUGCUAUGCAGUGCCAUGCUUCUCAGGAUUCAUCUUCGGAUAAGCUCGUGCGUGCUCAUGAUUUGAUGAGUACUGCCAUGGAGAGGCUGCAGAAGGAGUUUUCCCAGAUUUUGUCGGUUAAUCGUGAGUAUUUGUAUCCGGAAUCGGUUUCUAGAGAAUCGUCGAUGACGAUAUCGGCCAGAUCGAGUGUUUCUGAUUUUGAACUGAAGACAGAAGAUGAGUUCGGAAUUGCUAAAGAAUCUAUUUCUGAGGUUGAGCGAGUUUCUAUGUCGGCCAUGGCGGAUUUGAAAGCAAUUGCGGACUGUAUGAUAUCCACCGGCUAUGGAAAAGAAUGUGUCAAGAUUUAUAAAACUGUGAGGAAAUCGGUAAUAGGCGAGAGUCUCUACAAUCUAGGGAUUGAGAAAUUGAGUUUUUCGAAAGUUCAGAAGAUGGAUUGGGAUGUAAAUGGUGUGUGGUACGCUUCCAAUUCACCCCAGAGUGCUUUGAGCUUGGUGAAAUAUGCUGACAGUGUCAUGGUUCCCUGUGACAUCAUUGCUAUCGACUCUUGUAUCUGA